GACACCUCCCCCUCGCUGAGGCUUGGGUUUCAGGGGUGACUUAACAGUGGCCAGGGGAGUGCCCUGCCCGCUGGCCCCAGUCCCAGUCCACCAUGCUCACAACCCCAUGGCUGCUUCUCAGUCUCGCCAUCCCUGCGCUGGGCUUCCACACGACCUUCAGCUGUCCCAACGAGAAGCAAUGCCAGAAAGCCCUCCUCUCUGACAAUGACAUCUUUCUGCCCUGCAACUCUUCUGGGGCACAGUGGUACUUCUUCUUCCUGCAAGACAAGGCCAGCUGGUCCAACAAAGUCUCUAGAGUUUCCAACAUAGAAAUCAUACCCGGGACCGGCAUUCUCAUCCGAGACCCGGCGCCCUCCCAGACGGGCUUCUACCACUGCCAGGACAGGGACGGCAUCCAAGUGGUGCAGUACGAGAUUGACUUCCAAGAUGUCAGCACCUUACACAUCACCCACAGAGGACUGGGCCAGAAGCCCCUGCAGAAUGAGACCCUGAGUCUGGGUGGCGCGGAACUCAUCUUCACCCGCUGGGAGCCCUGGCAGGACUGUAACCGCUGCGGGGAGCCCGGGGAGCGGAAACGGCUGGGCUACUGCUACAUCAAGGAGCCUCUACAGGAGCCCAUGCCGUGCUGGCUCUAUCUGGGGGAUCUGAAGCUUUGGUCCAGCCGCAUGCGGCCAGAGAUGCAGGUGGAGGCCUGCCAGGUCCCAUGCAAAAUAUCCACGGUGGAUUUCAUCACCUUCGACAACUUCGAGAUCAGGGAGGAUUUGGGGUCCGUGUGGCUCACCUGCCCCCGGGGAUCUAUCUACAGGCCCAUCCUCUGGGAAGUCAAUGACAUCCCCCUGACCUGGCAGGGCCAGCUCUCCAACCAGGUCCUGAGCAGCAUUCUGGAACCCACCAACGGCGGCAGGCAGCUUCAGGUCUUCGAGCCGGCCAUUUACAAGUGCUUUGUGAAGCAGGAGCUCAUGGCUCGCUUCAACCCCAGGCCCUUUCCGGACGUGCCGGAGACCCUCCAGCAAGAGGAAGCCGGACCACAGCUGGAGUCGAGGGAGGCCCGGAAGGGGAAGGCCAGGUCCGUCCUCAAGGGGCUCAAGCUGAUGCUGCUGGUAGGCAUCUUUCUGGGCCUGCUGGGCCUGCUGCUCAAGCUCUGCCACCCUUCCCAGCACAAAAGAAGCGACCAGGUGCUGCUGGUGAAAUAAAGCGGGCCCCCGGGGCCCAGGACGGCUGGUCUCCCGCGUCCUCAUCCCCUGAAUGGUCCUUCCCACGACAGCUGGGGCGUGGGCCUGGGCAGGGGCACAAGACAGACCCACAGUUACAGCCGAGGCCGGUCUUCCCU